CUUCCCCACUUAUGCUUCAAAUUUCUUUUAUGAACAACGCAAACACGCAAAGCGAAACAAGAAAUUGAAUAUUGAGAAGUUUAUUAUUUCCACUGUGGCCAUGGACGACCUUUCACGUGGUGAUAAAAGAGUUGAAGAACCAAGAAGAGGGGAGGAGCAAAAUAAUGAGGACGAGAGGUCACGCAGGCCACGAGUGUUGACAGAAGAACAAAGAGCUCGGCAAAGACAGCGUGACCUUGUACUCACCGAGGAGCAAAGAGUGCGAAAAAGACAGACGAGCUCCGAGUACAGGUUAAGUGGUAAGCAAAGAGUCCGGAAAGGGCAAAAGGACUCGGAGUACGAGCUAGAUGACGAGCAGAGAGCUCGUAAGAGGCAGAGAAACUUAGAAACACUCAACGCCCAGCGUGCAAUGAUGGCAGAAGACAGCUUGUUUGCUCCAAGGCAAAGAGAAAGGGCUCGUGAGCGACAGAGGGCGUCUAGACUCAGGAGAAAACAACAGAGGCAGCCCUCCACUACUACCGCUUUUGUUGAAAUCCUUCUUUACUCUGCAUACAACAUAAGAGCUUUUUUUAGGUGGACCAGAGAAGAACAACAACAAGAUAAAAAGAGGUGAUGCAGCUGUAGGCGGCGGCAGUGGUGGGGCCAAGCAGUUUGUCUUCCACAUAUAUUGAUUCACAUAUUUAGGGGAGUGCUUUUGAUGCCUCCUAAAUAUGGAAAUUAAUUGUUACGUGGUAAACAAACUGUUGUCUCUUUAUUAAUGCAUGUUUUAACAUUUA